AAGAGAACCCACCGCGUGCCGUACCGGAACAGCAAGAGAACCCACCUGAUCAAGUUCUCGCCCGAGGGUCACUCCAACACGGCGAUGAUCGUCUUCGUCGCGCUGACAAGUAUCCACCUUGACGACACGCACAACGCCCCCAUCUGCGCCGAGCACGCGGCGAAGAUCAAGACCAAGGUCGUCGCCCACAAGGUCUUUAGCGUCGACCGCCGCGUCAGGCAGUACGUCGAAGCGGUCAGCCGCCUCAACCUCUAUGUCGCUGAGCUCAGGAGGAAGGCCGCC